GCGCAGCCCUCAGCUCCUCCACCGUCCCACACAAAGAGAGCUGCUUCCCGCGGCCAUCUGAGCGGAUCACCUGGAAGGUAAGACACACCUGGCUGCUGCUCGAACCCACAGCUCCUGAGAUGGUGGAACACCUCUAUGUUUUUCCAGCUUCAACCUCCUCCUGUUGAAGAGCAGGAAACAUCUGGACGGACCCUGGAGAGACCUGCCUUAGCUUCAGGCUCCACUCAUGUCUUCUGACCUGCAAGCAUCCAGAGCGUCGUCCCUCUGGCUGAAGCUGAGUCUGCUGCUCAGUGUCCUCCUGCUGCUGUCCUCUGGAGUCCAUGGCCAGGGUCGCCUGAAGCUGACGGUUCUGUCUGAAGAUCGGCUGCAGAUGAAGUGGAAGGAGGCCGAUGGACCCGUUCAAGGCUACAAAGUUCGGGUCAGAACCUUGUCAGAAGAGCAGCAGCCGGAGCUGAUGCUGACCACCACCAGGGGCCGGGCCACCGUGGCAGGACUGGACUCCAGCCAGGAAUACUCACUCCAAGUCUUCGUCCUGAACGGGACCACAGAGAAGCUUCUGGCAAAAAGAAGAUUCACCUUGGAGGGUCUCCGAGAGGAGGAGGUGAUCCGCAGCGGUAGCCGUGACAACCGGAGGAAGCUGAUCCCAGUGGGGUCAGGUUCCGGGGACCUGGAUGAAGCCACGGCGGUUCUACUGAACCCACCAACGGUUCUGUUCCCAGACCCGCCUGUCUCCACUGCUGCCGCCACAACUGCAGAGCCCUCAGCAACAGAAGCCCCUCCCGAACAACCUGAUGAGCCCCCAGAGAAAGGCACCAGAGAGAAGAGGAAGAGGAAGAAAGAGCGGCAUCGUUCCACGCUGGAGGACAAGGAGGAGCAGGGGAGGAAACAGGGUGUUAAAAAUGCUGACGAAGCAGAACUGAGACAGGUGGCGUCGGAGCCGGUCGAUCUGAACGUCUACAAUGUGAACGACUUCCCGCUGCUCAGCAAACUGGUGGCUCGGCUGGUUCACAUCCUGUGUGCGAGGGUGGAGGACCGCAGCAUCUCCAAACGAAUGGAGCCCAGACCCAGUGUGGAACCACAGCUUUCCUUUCCCGGUCCAACCAGUCUGCGCUUUUCCCAGCUUGGAUCCAGACAGGUGAAGCUGCACUGGACCAAUCCCAGCCAGCCGGUCCAGCAGUACAGAGUGGUCUACCACAGCGCAGCCAGUCAGAGUCCAGAGGAGGUUGUGUUAUCCGGCGCUGAGUCCACCGUUCUGCUGGAUGGACUCUCCUCCCAGACGCUGUAUCACAUCUCCAUAUUCCCUGUGUUCGCCAGCAGCGUCGGCUCGGCGCUCAGAGGAACCGUCACCACAUUGCCUCUGGCCAUGCCCUCGGGCCUGGCGGUGACUCCUUCCUCCUACAGCAGUCUGCAGGUCAGAUGGAGCGCAGCUCCUGGGGCUACUGACUACAUGAUCCUGUACUCUGCGCUGAGCGAUGGGGAGCCGGAUGACGCUAAGGAGGAGAAGUUCAGUGCAGGGCAGACGGGGGUGGAGCUUGCAGGCUUGCUUCCAGAGACGGACUACUCCAUCACACUUUAUGCUCUUUAUGAUGAAGAUCCCAGUGAUCCGGUCACCUCGGUAGCCCGCACCUUACCCCUCCCAGCCCCGGCUGGAGUUCAGUUCCCGACUGUCACCCACAGCAUGAUAAAGGUGAGCUGGGUUCCUGGUGCUGUGGACGUCCCGGCCCACAGAAUCACCUACAGCACCAACCAUGGCAGCAACAUUAAGCAGGUGGAGGUAGAGGGACAGAACUCUGUGCUGGUUCAAAGCCUUGCAUCUCUGUCCACAUACCUGGUUUCAGUCCAGUCUCAUUACCCACAAGGCCUCUCCGCCCCACUCACCAGUAACGUCACAACACUGAAGGUUCCUUCUCCAUCGGAUCUCAGGGUGACUAACUUCUCAGGCAGUGAAAUGGCGGUGCGCUGGGAGGCGGCGGCAGACGAUGUGGUCUAUUACCUCAUUAAAUGGAUCUCCUUAAGUGAGGGAGAUCUGCGACAGCUGAAGGUGGGCGGAGACAGUAAGGAGGCCAUCCUGGGGGGUGUGGAGGAGGAUAAGGAAUACCAGAUCUCUCUGUCUGCUCUGUAUGGAGAUGGAGCUCAGAGCGAGGCAGUGGCCACUCGAUACAGUACCUUGUCAGGCGGAGGCCCGUCCAGCGUCUCCAUCUCAGAGGAAACUGCAGUCAGCAUGGCGGUGAGCUGGGUGCCUCCGAACGCUCACGUCCUCCAGUAUCGUGUGACUUACGCCCCCCUGACGGGAGCCGAGACCCCGGACAGGACUGUGUUGGUCCCAGGUGGUCAGAAGCGGGUGGUGCUGGACUCAUUACAGCCGGAUACACGUUACAGCGUCUUAGUCACCGCAGAGUAUCGCAACCAAGAGGGAGGCAGCGGCUCGGCUCAGGGCAAAACCGCCAGUCUGCGUGUGAGCAGCAUCAGCGUGGUCCGAUCGGACCAGUCCAGCAUCUGUCUGUCCUGGAGGCCGGUCUCUGCAGUUGAUGGGUACCGGGUUGUCAUCCAGUCUGUUAAAGACAAGCUAACGAAGCAGCAAACCGUGGACCGGUCCACCAGCAGUUACUGCUUCAGCCACCUGGAGCCCCAGACUCUGUACCGCAUCAGCAUGCACGCCCUCCUCGGCCCUGCAGAGGGCGCCGCCGUCUCUAUUCUCCAUCCUACAGCUCCAGCUCCAGCCAGGCUCCCCCCCCGGGUGUAUCCUGUCCACAAUGAAGUCUGUCCUGAAGUCACCAUCCAGAACCACAUCGUUAAAGGUUACAACAUGAUGGAGGCCUUCGGUCUGACCCAGAGAGGCUACUCAUCGGUGGAGGGGGUGGCAGCCGAGCCCUUCGUCUUUAACACCCUCCCCACCUUCACUCUGUACAGAGAUGUGCAGCUGACACAAAGCACCAAGUUAGUCCACCCUGCUGGUUUCUCUCCAGAGCACACCAUCAGCAUCACCUUCCGGCUGCUGCAGGACACACCGAGGGAGGCCUUCGCUCUCUGGCAGCUCACUGACUCUGACUACCAGCCAAAGAUGGGGGUGGUCAUAGACCCGUCUACCAAACACCUGAUGUACUUCAGUCUGGACUACAGGGGAGAAGUUCAGCAGCUCACCUUUGAUCAGCCACAGGUCCACAAGAUCUUCUAUGGAAGUUUUCACAAGGUCCACCUGUCUGUCAGCCAGGUGAGCGUCUCCCUGUCGGUGGACUGUCAGCCUGUGGGUGAAAGGCCCGCCCGUCCUCUGGGGAACCUGCCGACCGAUGGAUUCGAGAUGCUGGGCAAACUGGUGAGAAGCAGAGGACCUAACAGCGGCUCCGCCCCGUUUCAGCUGCAGUCCUUUGAGAUCGUCUGUAACACCAGCUGGGCGUCCGCGGACACCUGCUGUGACCUUCCUGCAGCGAGAGAUGAGGAGAGCUGUCCUGCACAGCCGUUUACAUGUUCCUGCUCCUCCAACAUUCCUGGGGCUCCGGGUCCUCCUGGACCAACCGGGAGACCAGGUCCUCGUGGAGAGAAGGGAGAUAGGGGAGAGCAAGGCCAAAAGGGGGAGGAAGGCCCCCCAGGGAAGCCUGGGUUCCAAGGGGGUCUUGGACCUGUGGGCAGCGUUGGGCCCCGAGGCAUAGCAGUCCAAGGCAAAAUAGGUCCACCAGGAGCAAGGGGGGAAAAGGGAGAUCCUGGGAGGCCUGGUGUCCAAGGUUUACCUGGACCCCCAGGUCCAAAGGGAGAGGAGGGGAUCCCUGGCCCCCAGGGCAUCAGAGGCGUGGAAGGAAACAUUGGCUCCCCGGGUGUCACUGGAGCCAGGGGUUUUCAAGGACUUCCUGGACACCCAGGACUCAUGGGAGAGAGAGGACCUUCUGGACCUGUUGGACCAACAGGUCUGCCAGGAAACAAAGGGGAGCGAGGUGAAAAGGGGGAACCUCAGUCUAUGGCGCUGAUCUACCAGCUGGUCACACAGGCCUGUGAACAACUGGUUCACAAGGAGGUGUUAAAGCUUGAUUCCUAUAUCAAUGAGAUCAGUCGAAAACCUGUUCCUAUUGAGGAGCCAGUUGGUCCCCCAGGGGAACCUGGCAUUCCAGGCUCCAGGGGCCCACCAGGUGCCAGGGGGAACCAGGGGGAAGUUGGCUCAAGAGGGAGACCUGGGAGGCCGGGAUACCCAGGAGAGCAGGGGAGGAGAGGAAUUCCAGGAGAAAAGGGGGAUCCAGGAAAUAAUGUCCAGGGACCCUCAGGAGUCAAAGGGUUUGCAGGUCCUCCAGGGGAGUCCAAGCUGGGGGACCCAGGUCCCAAAGGAAACGAUGGCAAGCCAGGACCACCAGGGGUCCCCGGGCCUCCUGGUCAGCCAGGAGAGGUUGGACCUGGGGGGGUUUGUGACAGCAGUGGAGGCUGUCACAAUGCUCCAGGACAGACAGAAGACCCUUAUUAUGGCUACCAGCCCUGAGGCGGGGAACCAAACGAUGAACAAUAGGGUGAAAUAACUGGUUCCUUCAGAGCUGAGUGAGAGCAACAUGAAGCUGCUUCAGCCGUCGCCUUGGUCCAGUUUGAAAUCACUAACCUGUGAUGAAUCAGAGAGCUGUCAGAUGAACGCCGGAUGAUACAGUUAGCACUGAACGAUUUGGUUUGUUUUUCAUGUAUUCAUGCACUGCAUCAUGUACCGCCUUAAACCCAAGAAUUUCUCUUUAUUUUCAUUUGAACCAUUUUGGCUCAGAGAUAAAGACUAAACUCUGUGGUAUAAAAGGAUGUUUCUUCCCACAUUAUAUUGAAUAAUACUGUGAGAGUGCAUUUAUAUGUACAAUAUUUUUAAAUAUUUUUAUAGUAUUUGCUGUAUCUUUCUAAAUUCACGUAUAUUUUAUUGAUUCUGAAUUUUACCUGAAAACUCCUGUUUACAUUUUUAUCAUGUUAAGGUUGAUAACUUUUUAUGUGUAACAGAAAAGAUGUUUAAGUGUUGAAUA